UUUUGUGGGUAUUCAGUUGCACGAUAUUUAUUAAUAUGGAUAUAUACUUCCAAUAUUUUUUUGGGUUUUCCCUACGUAAAUCGUAAACUUUACGUUCAAGUUGAUAGGCCGGUAAAAUAGGCCUAAUCGAUUAAGGUAAUAGAGGCCCAAGAGUCCAGUAAGAACCCAAAACCACAUAAACCCUGCGAAAUUCGCCACGGCUGCAGCAUUCGCCGGCGGCAGAAAUGGGGAAGAAGAACAAGAGAAGUCAAGACGACGUUCCUGAGCUGGAACCGGAACCAGAGCUUGCUACAACGAUUGACGGAGAUUGUAAAAAGAAGGUGAAGAAGAAGAAGAAGAGAAGCCAUGACGAUACGGAGACAGAACCGGAGCAAAAGAUGAGUCUCGACGGUGACGCGAAGAAGGAGAAAAAAAAGAAGAAGAAGAAGAAGAAAAACCAAGAGGAAGAGCCGGAGCUUGUUUCGGAGCAAUCGAAAACACAAGAAGAGGAAAAGGGUAAUGUAGAAGAAGGCAGAGCCACUGUAAGCAUAGCCAUAGCUGGUUCAAUCAUCCACAACACUCAAUCACUCGAGCUCGCCACACGCCUCGCUGGCCAAAUUGCUCGUGCAGCCACAAUAUUCCGAAUCGACGAGAUCGUGGUGUUUGACAAUAAGAGCAGCUCAGAAAUCGAAGCUGCUGCUACGAAUCCUUCUGAUAGCAAUGAAAGUGGUGCUUCCUUUCUUGUUCGUAUCUUGAAGUAUCUAGAGACACCACAGUAUUUGAGGAAAUCUCUCUUCCCUAAGCAAAAUGAUCUUAGAUAUGUGGGUAUGUUGCCACCUCUUGAUGCUCCUCACCAUUUGCGUAAGCACGAGUGGGAACAAUACCGUGAAGGCGUGACGCUGAGUGAAAAGGCUCCAAACUCUGAGAAUACAAUGGUCGAUGUGGGUUUAAGCAAGAGUGUUGUUGUUGAUCAAGUGCUUAGUCCAGGAAUAAGAGUUACAGUAGCCAUGGGAACCAACCCCGAUUUAGAUUUGGUACGCAAGAUUGUUCCGCCCUCUAAGCCAAGAGAAGAAGCAGGAAUGUAUUGGGGAUACAAAGUACGAUAUGCAUCACAACUGAGUUCAGUAUUCAAGGAAUGCCCUUUCCAGGGUGGAUACGAUUAUUUGAUUGGUACCUCGGAGCACGGCGUGGUAAUUAGUUCAUCAGAGCUGAAAAUACCAACAUUUAGGCACUUAUUGAUUGCAUUUGGUGGACUUGCUGGGCUUGAAGAAAGUAUUGAAGAUGAUAAUCAGUAUAAGGGGAAAAACGUUCGAGAGGUGUUUAAUAUAUACUUGAAUACUUGUCCACAUCAAGGAAGCCGAACCAUUCGAGCAGAGGAGGCGAUGUUUAUAUCACUUCAAUACUUCCAAGAACCCAUCAACAGGGCAGUGAAAAGACUUUAAGCUUGAUGGAAGAUUCAGAGAACUUCUCAUAGAUUUGAGGUUUUCUUCUUUGAAGAAGAAUGAUGUACUGUAAUUGUUUUAGAAGUUGGACCAAGUUUAUAUUCUUGUACUAUCCCAAUUUUGGGGCCUUUUAAAAUUUCCUUCAACAUUGGCAGAUGAAAUGUAGUCACCUCAUCUCUCUGUACACUGAAAUUAAAAUCUUAAUACUUUAAUCUUAUCA